AUGUCACAGUACGAAACAACAACUUGGAGGGAAGAAGCGGCUCCUCCCCGCCGCCGGGGUCCUUCUCUCUUCUCGUCACGAACAUCAGCCCAAAACCUCAGGAGCCAGUACACCAGAGAAGCCCAGACGACGCAUCUCGUCCAGCUGAUCGAGGAGUUCCGCAAAGCAGAUCCCAUCUACGACCCCGUGCCGCCCACGCCGCCGCCCAGGGCCCUGGGACGCCAAAGGAGUCAAAGGGCCGUCCACACCCAGCCCGUCGUGCGAUUCGCCUCGCCUCUGGACCCCUUGUCUGCGCGGCGACGACGGGCCAAGACCCCGCUGUCUGCUCCUGUUGUUUACGAGGUUGCUACGCAGACGCCGCAGACGCUGCAGAACCUCGACUUUGGCGUCGCUACGGUCACCCCCGAGGAGCAGGAGAUGCGGCCGCGGCAGCCCACCCCCGAAGGACCAGUCACGGUGCUUGUCAACAACGACGAGGAGGGGACUGACCUGCAGAGUUUCGACCUCGACGGUUUCCCCAUGCCUCCCGACUUUGGCGCACGGGAGGAGUAUUCCUUCCCGGGCUACGACGGCGACGAAUGGGUUGACUUGGAGGAGACGACGGGGAAGGUCUAUGCCUUUGACCCGGCACGCCUGGGCGCGGAUUCGUCCAGGACUGACGACGGCUUCGACUUGGAGACGCCCUUCUCAGAUGACUCGACGAUGAGGGGAGAGGAGCUGCCGCCAAGCCGGGCUUUGCAUGUGUAUCGGUCUCGGUACACGGGAGACGGUGUUCUCGGCGGCACGCACUCUGCGGUAUUGGACGUUGUCUACGAUGCGAAGAGAAAACGACAGUCGUUGUUCAGAUGGCUACACGUACAGCAGGAUAUGAUGAAUUUUGACGAAUUCACGAGCGAGAUCUCAAAAGCGCUGUCGGAGAGAGAGCAGAACGACAUCCGCAAACUGCUCUCAGACGUAAGGAAGAACUAUGCCAAGACCGUCCGUACGUCCAGGGCGACGACGGUGAAGCAUAUGGACCCAAGCUACCUUCAGCUUCCGCUCCAGCAGGGUGACCAAGAAAAAGGGGCGCAGGCUGGGAAGCGAACGGCGACAUGGCUCUGCAUCCCCUACUUCUCCCUCGAAGAGUACUCGGGCAUCCAGGCCACGGGCAACCCGGGCGCGUUUCCGCCUCUAACCCUGCUUCAGCUGGCCUUCUCGCGGAACUCUCAGAAGCGGGAUAUGCUCCAGGCGACGCGGCAGAUCGGCAACGGAGAGAAGGGCUCGUGCUUCCACAUUCGACAGCUGUGGUGCAUCGUCCUCGACAACUCGCUGUUGAUUACCUGCGGUUCCAUGUACGAAGAGGCGUUGCGGGGGGACAACAUCGCGGUGACGAGUGAACCUGGAAGAGAGCCCACGCCGAAUAGCGACAACGACGGCAGGAUACUGAUUCGAUACGGAGAGUCGGUGCUGUGGUCUUUCCCUCUUCAGGAGUGCCAGACGUGGUUCGCCUUCAUCGCCCACUUCUCCGACUUUUGGCCCAAGGCGGUCCGCUUCCACUUCAAUGGCCGCCUCUUGAGCGAGGCACGGUGGUGGAAGGUGCUUCAAUUCGCCGGAACCUCACGCAGGAGCGUCGUCAUCAGCAUGGAAACCUGCGCACCACCACAACUUCCACCGAGUGGAAUUCUGAGGACCAUUAAGCAGGGCCUGAGCGACACCGCCAGCCAGGCGUCUGGAGCCGGCCUACAACCGCCCAAACCAUCAUCGUCAGGCAACCGGACGAGUUUCCCGCCCGUACGACCCAGCGUGCCCAACGAGAUGUUCCACGUGUUCAGCUGGGCCGCACCAAAUACUCCGAGUUCGGUGGACGGCCCCAACUUUGUUGUUCUUCAGAAGCAACUAUCGGAAGUGGAGGACUUCCUGACGGCCGAGACUAACGGUCCGGACCAGCGGGCCUACCUCGAUGCCGAGACAUCCACGCGGGUCGAAGUCUUUCUGUACCUCGAGCAGCUGGGGGCAGAGAUGCAGUCCACCAAGAAGGCAUGGAAAAGGCAAGACUACGAGGAGCGCGUCGACAUUUUCAACGCAGCCGACUCUCUGUUCAGAUUUUUCCUUCCUCCCCUGUUUGACGGCCCGACAACAGAGAAAUUUUGGGGCGCCGUGAUGAGUUUGGUCAAGUUGUCUCUGCCAGAGGCUGCCGACGGGGAGUCUCAUCCGAGCAACCUUGAUAAAACGAGGCGGGAUGCGAUCUACGCCAACGCUCAGACCGUCAAAAAGGCACUCCGCCAGCUUGCCCUUCCGGUAAUCGCGUGUAAGAGUAUUCUAUCGCACGCCGAGCCGACGGAUCGGCUGGAUAUCGACGUGCCGCAGGACCUCAUCGUCGCUUGGCUCCAUUUGGUCAUGGGCCUGAUCUAUGCCAGUCAUGAGACACACAUGUGGGAAGAUCAUCUGGACGUGGCCGACAGGCUGGUGAAGGGCGGCAUGAAGCAAAUGAUGGAACGGCUGUCAAGCCUCAGCCUUCUGGAACGGUCUUCGGUCCUCCCGCUGGAAUUGGUCUCGCUCAUUAGCUACCGCCUCUUGGCCAACACCUCUGGAAAAUAUGCUGGAAUUACCGACACCUACUCGGAAUACCUCCGGGCUCUGGAAAACGACAUUGCCAACGGGCAGUCGGAUAUGACGUACCAGCAGCGCAUUAACUUCCUGCGACAAGAAGUCAACGUGAUCAACCGCACGAUAGCGGCGCAAAGCAGCGUGUUCAACUCGAUUCUGGCAUCUCGCCAAGAAGGUCAAUCGGCAGCACCGAAGCAACGCCGCCUGAAUCGGGGGGCAUUCGGCGAACAGGUCAACAACCGCGACGCCGUGUCGCUGCGGUCUCAUCUGCUGCUGGGCAGAAGCCGAUAUGGCGAUGACGAGGAAACGAACGUGCUGUUGGAGUCCAUGGCCGAGGUGUCUGACUUUUACAAGCUUCCGUCGACGGACGCCGCCGGGUUCAGGGACCUUCUGGCGGCGGAGUGCACUCAGCUGUUGGAGCGGCGCAACAGAGACUUCCAAGAGUACGGCGAGCAGGCGGACGUUCUAGAACAGACGAAUCUCAACAACGCGGCGGUGACGAAGGACCGGCAGGAGCAGGCCAUUUACGCCUUCACGAUUGUGACCAUAAUCUUCCUGCCCCUGAGCGCGGUUUCGAGCAUCUUUGGGAUGAACUCGAGCGACAUCCGAGAUAUGAAGGACGGGCAGUGGCUGUACUGGGCGACGGCCAUACCGGUGACGAUCCUGACGAUUGUGCUCGGCCUGUGGUGGAUGGGGGAGAUGGGACACCUCUGGGACUGGGCGUUUCGGAAGAUACGAGGCGACGAGACAGUGGGCUCAGAGUUUCCGGGGCACGGGGGCAUGUCGGAGAAGGCUCACCGCCACGACGCGAUUGAGGUCCUCCCCGCCGCGCAGGCCGUGUACAGCCGGCCACAGUCAGCCAGGCAGAGCUUCGCGAGGCGGCCCGACAGUCGGCUGGGAGGGUGA